CCUCCGAUUGUCGACAUCAUCCGCUUCCUGUCUAGUGCAUCGACUGCAUCAUUUGGCGUUAUUUCCCGGACGACACUCGCUGUCAUAUUCACACUCCUUGCACCAAUAUCUCUGCUCCUCACCCCAAUCUCCUACCUGCUCUCUCCUGUCUUCGUCCUGGUCCAAGUCCUCUUGGACGUGUUUGUCUUCGCGCCUUACGCAGUUACCGCCGCCAUCGCGCGAAACGUCUACCCUAUCUACGUCCUCGUCGGCGUAGCUGUUAUAUGCGCUCUUGUUGUUGGUUUUACGGCGCGCAUCAUAACCUCCUCCAUCCUACACGCGAUAUUC